CAGUUUAAUCCCACCAUGCAAACGCUUCACAUCUGUUGGCUACUGCUUGUGCUAAUCGUAGGCAUUGCUUGCGUUGCAGGCGCUCCUCUGGCUUCUCCAGCAACUUCUCGACAACGACGUCAGAUCGACUUGACUCUGUCGGCCGAUCACAAUGACAAGGAUGACGAGACCGAGCUGGCAUUGGAGGCGAUUGCAGGGCUGUGGAGCAGCGCCGAUAGUCGCACCAAAAUCGAUGGCUCCGCUCGAGUUGUGCAUCGGGCCAGUGGCCAGUUGGAAUCGGGUUCGUCACAGGACUGGCGGCUGGGCGUGCGUGUUGUCUUCACUUAACAAAGGAUCAGAGAAACGAAUCAUCAUCAACGAAUUUAUUGCGAACGUUUGCGUGACCAGCAAUGAUAACAUUUUGACCUUUAACGCUGUCUUCAUUUGAAUCAAUUGAAUCGGGGACACGUAAAUAUGAAAUUUCCGUUAGUUCAUUUGUUUGCUUUUAAUGUUUACAACAAACUUUAGGCUUAAAAUUACCGCACUAAAACAAACAACAAACAACGCGAGACAAAUUACAAUAAAUAUUGUUCAAUAAGUAUAAA